AGCUCUGUUGUCAUUUUGUGUUGACGUUUCUUUUUAUCAAGUUUUUCGCUGUUUAACUCGUGGCGUGUGUAUUCUCUAAUUUUUCUGCUUAAAUAAUUGCAAAAAGAUGCCUGCUGCUGAUACCAUAAAAUCCUCUUGGGCCGAUGAGGUGGAGCUUGAUUACGGCGGCUUGCCACCUACUACUGAGACAGUUGAAAACGGCCACAAAUACGUCACUGAAUAUAAGUACAACAAAGAUGACAAAAAGGUAAAAGUUGUGCGAACAUACAAAAUUUCCAAGGAAGUUGUGCCGAAGACCGUUGCCAAAAGACGCACCUGGGCAAAAUUUGGUGACUCCAAAAAUGAUAAGCCCGGUCCAAAUUCACAAACCACUAUGGUGUCUGAAGAGAUUUUCAUGCAAUUCCUCAACUCGAAAGAAGAAGAAAAAGCUAACGAUCCACUAUUGGAUCCCUCAAAGAAUAUUGCCAAGUGUCGUAUUUGUAAUGGUGAGCAUUGGUCAGUUAAUUGCCCAUACAAGGGUACAGCCAUGGACACAAAUUUGAUGGAAAAGAAAGCUGCUGCUGCUGCUACCGCUGUUGUUGAAGCACCUAAAUCCGGCAAAUAUGUACCACCCUUCCUUAAAGACAGCCAAAAAGGUGGAAUGGGUAUGCGUGGACGUGAUGAUACCGCCGCUAUCCGCAUUUCCAAUUUGUCGGAGUCUAUGACAGAAGCUGAUUUGGAUGAGUUGGUGAAAAAAAUUGGACAGCAUAGCAAAAUGUAUUUGGCCCGCGACAAAAACACCGGUCUCUGCAAAGGUUUUGCAUACGUGCAUUUCAAACAACGCAAAGACGCCGCUGCUGCUAUUGAGAUUCUCAACGGACACGGCUAUGAUCAUUUGAUCUUGAAUGUGGAGUGGUCGAAGCCACAAAACAACUGAUCGUUUAUGGCAAAGGGUGCAAGCGUGUCAUGAGAGUAUCAAAAACAACAAAUAUAAAAUAAUUUUAUAAUAUAAUCAUUAAUAACGUAUAUCCCAUAUGUGCGUAUGUAUUUAGAAUUUCUGCGCUGUUUUACAGUAAAUGAUAACAUUUGCUAAAAACAUAAUGAAUGAUCAAAUAAAUUAUCCGUAAAUAUGUGAAAA